CCUUCCGGAGUCAAAUAAGUUAGGUUUGGGCCAAAUGUUAUUGUUCGAAAAAAACAUCGUCCCAAAGGUAACCUAGCAACAUGAUAGACCAACGUCAGCACUCGAACGAAGACGUUUUUAGCGAGUUAUAAACGGACUUCAAGUUUACUUCUCGACAUUUAGCGUUUAAAGAUGUCUCUGUUCAGCGAUUUUAUCGACUUGCUCCGGUGUCUUUUCUCUUUCUGCUUGUCAGAUCAAGUAUCGACUGAAUUGGAUGAGGAGGAAUCGUUUAAAGAUGCAGCGAGUGGUGCAGACAAGUGUAACGAGAUAGAGGACACAAGUGAAAAUGAGAAAAGUUCUGAGAAUGAAGAGAAGAAAGAGAUGAGCAGUCUCCUAAAGAUGCCAUCAUUGCCAGAGCCAAUAUUGGUUAAAGAGGCAUCUGACCCUCCAACUCCACCAUUCACUGAAAUUAAUGCCCUGCCAUCGGCCGGACCAGUGAUUUUUAACCGGGUCCUUCCAAACUCCACUCUACCCGCUGAUAAGAUCAGACCUAUGUUCAGACCUCAGCUAUCAGCAGGGGAGCCAGUACGUUUUUACCGAACCUCACGACACUUCCAACCCUUGCCUACGAUUGAGGAGUCGUCUCUGGGUGACAGGAUCUUUCCAGAGUCAGUGGCACCAGCUGGCCGGAUACAAACACUACCAUCUGUGAAAGCACCGCUGCUGGUUUGUGAAAACCCAACCGCGGUAUCAGAUGAAGUGAUGUAUCUGCUUUCCUGUAGCUCAGUGCCGUCAGAGGAACUGGAUCUGAUGAUUCAAGUAGAUCAUGGCAUCCAAAUCCUUCCACGUUCUUCAUCCACCUUACUGUUUGACCUAGAAGAUAUUGAAAUUGAAAAUGAGUAUGUGAAGUACACUGGGAGGACGAUCGGUCCCGGUGAGAUGAAGACUUCCCAAAAUAAAGCGCUGGUGGCUGAGAUAAAGCAUCCACCGCUGAAAGCUAUAGGGAAGUGUUGGAUGGAGAAUGACAGUGAAGACCAGAAGCCAGUGCCUCCCAUCCAGAUGGAGAAGGUUCAAGACAUCACUGAUACACAUGAGAACGACUCGGAGUCAUAUUCCUCUUCUUCAAAGAUGGAAACAGACGUUGCCCCUCAGAAACCAAGGGAUCGAAAGACAAGAUUGUUCCAUGUCAAUCCUUCCUGUCGCCCCAAGACAGAGACUCAGCAACUGAAGACUUCUUCUUCUCUCUGCGAAUGGGUUGAGCAAAAGAUCAGGAAAAGAGACGAGAAGAAAAGAAGAAAAGAGAAGAUGUUACUGGAAAGACAGCAGCUGCAUGAGCGAUACCUACACGAUCCAAAACUGAAACAUCUGUGGGUCAACAAGCACAACCGCUUCAAUAGAUCCGUCCAUGAUGAGGUUUAGAGACUGUUUGACUGUCUCCUGUCUACUGCCAUCAUCUGAUCACGACAUCAAAACCCCUUGUGCAUGAAAAACCCUUUGUGCAUGAAAAAAACACCCUUUGUGUAUAAAAAUACCCUCUUGUACAUGGAAAACCCUUUGUUCAUUAUAAAAAAAAACCUUUGUGCAUAAAAAUA